UGUCCUCAAUCACGCCUAUCUUCUUCUUCUUCUUCCUCUUCUUCAGAAACAAAAAUCUUUACAAUGUGGAUGAAAUCGCUCGUGUUGAAUGGAAAUGGAUGCACCAUUUAUAAUUCUGAUGGCCGGAUAGUCUAUCGUGUUGAUAAUUAUGCUCGCAAGUCCAGCCAUGAGGUGUACCUAAUGGAUCAUGGAGGAAGGAUACUUACAAAAAUACUUAGAAAGAAACCGAGAGUUUUUGGACAAUGGGAAGGAUAUCGACGUGAUAGAUUACUAGCAGAAGAGCAAGAGCCCUGGUUUAGAGUUCAAAAAACUAGCAGAAUUUUGAAGAGAGGUCGUCCUUUUGAAGCCAGAGUUACGGUUGGGAAGGGAAAUAAUAAUCUCAGUUGCUAUAAGAUUCUUGGUUCACCAAGGAAGACUGAGUACAAGAUAAUAGACAUGGAAGGAAAGCCAGUUGCUGAGCUCAAGAGGAAGCUUACAAGCUCUGGGAUUGUACUUGGGGAGGAUGUGUUAACACUAAUUGUGCAGCCUAAUCAUGAUCAGUUGCUGAUUACUGGACUGGUGAUUGUUUGUGGACUCAUCAACCACAUCAUGUGAUCUCAUACAUAUUGAUCAGUGCCAUGGAUAUUAAAAACUUCCCGGCUCCUCUUUAUUAUUAUCAUUAUUAUUAAGAGUUAUCCAAUAGCACAAGGCAUUGGGGUGAAGCUCAUUACUUCCC